AUGUCACGUGCAAAGAAUAGAAUCUCCAAGAAGAUUAUGGUGGGACAUCCAGCAAGAAAUGGAAAUAGAGAAAGACCAAAAUUGCAAUUACAUCAAGCUGACGAGAUGGAACUGAGAACACCUGGAGUUGGAAGUACAUAUGAAGAAGACGACAACUAUUUGGGCUUAUGGUCGUAUCCCAGUAACUGGGAGUGGAAUCAAAUAGAAGAAGUUGAAACCGGAAAAAUCUUCGCAGAAAAAAUACCAACUACACUUCAAAAAAUAUCGGUUGCUGGUGAUGUUAGUGCCAUAAAGUUUGUUGAAAACAAUAAAUUUUUAUAUUCUACCGAAGGUGGUGAGUUUGGAAUAGUGAAUAUUGCUAAUAAUGAACACUUAAAAAAAAUGGAAAUGAAUCGAAUCCAUAACUGGGACAGUGAAUUUUUUGGAGAAACUUCAAUAUCCUACAGAGGAUUUGAAAUAGGUAGUGCUUUUAUUUGUGCCUUAGGUGAACAUGGUCAUCUUUACUUUCUUUCUCCGGAUUUAAAUUCAAGUCUUGGAACUGUUAAUCAUUACAAUGAUGAAGCGAGUUGCCUUGGGAUACUUAGUGCAAACGAAGUAUUGGUUGGUAAUUUAAGGGGGCAAAUAAGUUUGUGGGAUUUAAGAGAAGGGCUUUUUGAACCUGCUAAAAUUUUUCCUUAUAACAGUGAAGAGACCAUCGGUCUUACCUGUAUUACACCUUUUCCAAGGCAGCGUCAAAUAGUAGUGACGGGAGGUACUGAUGGUGCUGUCGUUACUUGGGACCUAAGGACUGGACAUCACCCAUUAACUGUGUAUAAAGCUCACGACCACCCUAUUACAUGUUUACAGUUUCAUGAAGAUUGGCCUGCCAAUAUGUUCACGGCAUCAAUGGGCGGAGAAGUAUGGCAUUGGAAUAAUUUUGGCAAGCUACUGACUGGUGAACUUUUAGAUCCUAGACUCAUGGCACUUCCACCCGAAUUACGUAAUACAAUGAAAACGCAGUCUUAUUUAGAACCACAAAUAAGGGCUCUAAUCGGUAAAAAACAUAUUCCAACAAAUUCAUUAGAUGUGACAGACGGAAAUGAAUUAGCAGCCCAUUAUGCUUUGAGUCAAGUUAUCUAUCGAAGAAUUGAACAACCACAGCAAGAAAAGAAUGAGUGUCCAUUUGAUCUGCCUGAUGACUGCGACCUGAUAAGAAUUUAUUGGAAAGAUGGGAAGGCUGUUGGUUUUUACACUUUGAAACCGAAAGGUACUUACAUUGAACACAGAGGAGAAUCAUAUUCAAUGAUGACAUUAGAUACUGCCUACAUUAGGUCUGAAUAUCGAAGAAUGGGAAUGGGCCUUUCGAUAUUGGAAGAUAUCAGAAAGAGGCACCCAAAUGAGGACAUCGCUUUCAGUUCGCCAAUUGCCUUUUCCAUGCUAAAAGUGAUCAGUAAAUUCAUAAAAUUGUACCCAGAAAUGAAAUACAAGCUUUGGGAGGUUAGUGGAGCUGGUACUGAAGGAAGUAAAAAACUUGCCUGGUUCUCAGUUGCUAAAAGCAAAAGAAAUGCUGUGCGCAAUUUUGGAAGGGUUGGACCCGGUUUAUAAUUUCAUCUCUUUGAGAUCCAUUUAAAACAAGAAGAAAGACAUUGUUUUAACAAAAAUUGUUAUUUAUUUUAUUAUAUAUUCACAAAUUAAUCUUAUAUUUAUGAAGUAGAAUAGAUUUUUUUUUAUACUUAAUUUUUUUUACUAUAUAUCAUAUUUAUGAUAAUGUCAGUAUUAAUAAAUUAUUAUAUUUAUAUUUUUCAAUUAAAAAAAAAAAAAAAUAUAUAUAUAUAUAUAUACACACACUUCAUGUUCUCUCAAU